AUGGAUGCUUCCGAGAGUUUCAUGAGUCCCUCCCGCCGACACGACGACCUGGAGGACUCGUCACCCGCGGCGUAUUAUACCGAUGGCUACGGACGGCCCAGAACGGGUCCCGAAGCGAUCGGCAACGACGGAGGACCUCGAAUAGAAUGUUCCAGGGGCUUUAUGAGUCCCUCCCGCCGACAUGAUGACCUUGCGGGCCCGUCUCCCCCGGCGUGUUUUAGUGGCGCCGCGGUUUGGACGGCGUCCGGAACGGACGGUGCAGCGUGGUCCGGCGGGUUGAGAUCGGACGGCGGGGCAUGCUCGAGCGGAUUCGGAUCGGACGGCGCAGCAUGGUCCUCCCAUCCGCCGACAAUGGUGCUCGAGAGGACUUCGACUGAGCCGCUGCUGUGCUCCUCAAACUGGCGCGAAAUCGGCGUGCGGAACGGUGAUUAUAUUGGAGGAAGCACCGGCGGGCCGCACGGCGUGCGACCGCAUUGUGACAAUAACGAAGGGAGAGGAGCUGGUGUAGGCCGCGGCGCCGGAGGUGGUGCUAUGGUGACGUCGCUAACCCGCAGCGCCAGUAGCUGUCGGACGGCGGACUAUUCAGUUCACUGGACCGGCAAUGGCGGCGAGGGCGGCUUUGGCGGCGGUAAUGGCGGCGGUAGUGGCGGAGGUGGUGCUAUGAUGGCGUCGAUAACCCGCAGCGUCAGUAGCACUGGGACAGCGGACUAUUCAAUUCACUGGGCCGGCAAUGGCGGUGGCAGCGGCUUCCACGGCGGCUUUCAUGGCGGCUUUCGCGGCGGCUUUGGCGGCGGUAAUGGCGGCGGUAAUGCCGGCGGUAAUGCCGGCGGCGGUGGUGGCGGCGGCGUAUCUAAUGGCGUGUGGCGCGUCAACAGCUGCGGUGGUGAAGGUUACGGCCGCGGGUUUGGUGGCGGGAGCGGCAGCGGCGGGGGGGGUGUUCAUUGGAGCCGCGGGGAAUCAUAUCCGCCGCCCUGUGUCGAUCCGAGUAUGGGUUAUGCAUUUCGGGAGCGCGCAGCAGGCUCAAACAUGGGGGUGGCCGCGGCUGCUUCAGAUUCUGCUGCGACCAGUCGCCCGGAGAACCAGCCGCUGAGGUUGAACAGCUUGCCUCGAGCAGAGUCGCAUAUGAUGGCGGUUACCACGGCUGCUGCAGAUUCCGGUGCGACUAGCCGCCCGGAGAACCAGCCGCUGAGGUUGAACAGCUUGCCUCGAGCACGUGGGGUGCGCUUGCCCCGUGACGAGACGGGCCGUGCUGGUUAUAACGAGUCAGCUUGUAACGAGGUGACCUUCACGAAGAGCAGCGAGGAAUGGACGGGGGUCGAGCAUGGAAGGCGGGAAAUACGCGACUGUGGACAAGGCAGGGAGUACGCUUUAAGAGUUUCGGGAGCGGGAGGGAAUGCAGGGCGGGAAUUCCCCAUGAACGAAAGGGAUGCGGCGAACAGGGGGGUGAAUGUGACGGAGGAAUGGGGAGCAACGGGCCGGGGGGAUGAGGAAGGGAGGGGGGUGAAUAGCUUACCGGCGCGGUUGGGAAGUAUGGAAAGGAGGGAUGAGGAGGGGAGGGGGGUGAAUAGUUUGCCGGCGGAGUGGGGAGCAAUGGAACAGCGGUGGGAUGCGGUGGGAGGGGCGGGAAGGGUGGGAGGAUUGCCGGUGCGAAUCACUCGCAGCCAAACGGAGGAGAGGAGGGGUGCCUCUGGGAAUGGGAACGGGUACUCGUUUAGCUUGUGGCAGGAAGGGCAGGAGAAAGCGGGGAAGAAAAUGGAGCGAGGGCAGGAGGAGAAGGAGGAGGGGACUGGGGAGGGAAAUUUGAGUCGACCCAAAGGCCUGGGUACGUCUGGGAAUGGGAAUGGGUACUCAUUCAGUCUUUGGCAGGAAGGGCAGAAGACGAAGGGGGAGGAGCAGGAGGACGGGAUGAAGAGAAAUGAGGGGAUUUUGAGUCGACCCAAAGGUCUGGGCACGUCUGGGAAUGUGAAUGAGGAAGGGACUCUGGUUCGGGUCAAAGGUCCGGAUGCGUCCGGAAAUGGGUACUCGUUCAGUCUGUGGCAAGAAGGGCAGAAGAAAGUGGGGCGGGCACGGGAGGGAGUGUUGGAGGAGAAGGAAGGGGAGGGACAGGAUGAGAAGCGGGAGGGAGAAGGGGGAGAGGGGAGCGAGAGGCGCGCGGAGGAGAAACAGCAGCAGCAGCAGCAGCAGCAACAGCAGCAGCAGCCAGAGAUCUUACCAAACCGUCCUCCACCCAUCCGUUCCUCACCCAGGAUUCAACCUCUGGAAAUCCCCUCCUCCUUUCCAGAAGGCCCCCAGGCUACUUUGGAGGCGCCUCAAAAGCAGCAGCCAGAGAACUUACCAGCCCGUCCACCCAUCCGUUUCUCUCCCAGGAUUCAACCUCUGGAUAUCCCCUCCUCCUCUCCAGAUCCACCCCAGUCUCGAAACAACCCGCUGCUGCGUUCCCCAGGGUCUGCACCCCGUGUGACGCUUGACCUUUCCCAAAGCUCAUCUCCUUCCCUGCUUCGCUCUCCUGGUUCAAUGCCCCGCUUGACCCUCGACGGCGACGUGAGCCAAGGGUCAAACCCUCCUCCGCUUCCCGGUUCAGUGCCCCGCCUAAACCUCGACGGUGACGUGGGCCAAGGGUCGAAUCCUCCUCCGCUUGUGCGUUCUCCCGGCCCAUUGCCAAGCUUGGCGCCUCGAAAUGGGUUUGAGAAUCCUGUUAUGCCUUCUCUUAAGGUUGCGACUUUUGAGGCGCCUCAAAAUGGGGUGCCAACUUUUGGGGUGCUUCAAAACGGGGUGAAGAAUCCUGUUAUGCCUUCACUUAAGGGUGCGGCUGAGCAUUUGGAAGCUGGCCGAGGGGGAGAGGGGGGCGCGCAAGGGAGGGUAGGGGAGGCGCAGAGGGGGGAGGGGGAUGCACAGAGCAGGCCGUUGAACUACUCCGACCACUUUAAGCAACUCAGGAGGAAGGGGCUUGCUCAGAAGCAGCUGCGCGAGCAAACCAAGCUCAGAAGCAACUUGGGAACCAACCUAGUCGACCGCUCGGAAACAGGGGGAGAUUCAGGUUCGGGUCCAGGCUCGGAAAUCAGGAGGGACGGAGAAAGGAUGCAGGGGGGGCAGGGAGCAGAGAUUGAGUUGGGUGCAGAGCGGAGGAACUUGGGAGCAGCGGAGAAGCAGAGCCAGGGGGUGCGGAACACACAACCAGGAGCAGCACUACGACUGGGGCUGGGGCUGGUGUCAGGGCGGGCGGGGCAGGGGGAAAAGGCGGGGGGGCAGGGGGAGCAGGAGGGGCAGGAGGGGCAGGGAGCAGAGGUGAGCGCGGAAGGACAGGAGGAGUUUGAUUUCCAGAGCUCACUGGACGAUGGCUGUUUCAGUGCCACGUUCAGUAAAACCCCUCAGCCAGGUAACGCCUCCCCCAGAUGCAGCCCAGCAGCUAACGCCUCCCUCAGACGCAGCCCAGCAGGUACCGCCUCCCCCAGGCGCAGCCCAGCAGCACCAGGGCUGUUUUCCUGGGACUGUACGGGUUUUGAUAGUGGUGCUGGUGCUGGUGGUGGUGUUGCUGGUGCUGCUGGUGGUGCUGCUGCUGGUGGUGCUGCUGCUGGUGGUGCUGCUGCUGGUGGUUCUGGUGGUGCUGCUGAUGAUGGUGAUGAUGCAUCAACCUGCACUGAACACGCCCUACGAGCGAAUGAGAUCUCUCUUUGCUUGGGGAUUGCCUCCAAAGCAGCAAAGGAGGAAAGAGGGAAAGAUAAGGUCAGGUGUUCUCCCAGGUAUUCGCCCAAUGCUUUGCCAAAAGGCAGUAGCAUGUCGUUUAACCUGUGGACACCUGAGAAAGCCCCUGAUGGGGCUCCAGGCUCAUCAGGGCUUGACUCUGCCGCUGCUGGUGCUGCUGCUGGUUGUGGUGGUUGUGCUGCUGCUGCUGCUGCUGCUGCUGCUGAUGUUGGUGGUGCUCCUGCUGCUGCUGCUGCCACUGCUGCUGAUGUUGGUGGUGCUCCUGCUGCUGCUGCUGCCACUGCUGCUGAUGUUGAUGUCACAGCCGUAGACCAGGAGGUGGGGAAGGAGGAGGAGGAGGAGGAGGAGGAGGAGGAGGAGGAGGAGGAGGAGGAGGAGGAGGAGGAGGAGGAGGAGGAGGAGAGGGAGGGGGAGGAGGGGGGGAGAGAGGAGGGGGAGGAGGGGGAGAGGGAGGGGGAGGAGGGGGAGGAGGGAGGAGCAUGUUGA